AUGGUGCCUCUCCACUGGUGUCUGCUAUGGCUGCUAUUACCACUCAGCUCAAGGACUCAGAAGUUACCCACUCGAGAUGAGGAACUUUUUCAGAUGCAGAUCCGGGACAAAGCGUUUUUUCAUGAUUCAUCAGUAAUUCCAGAUGGAGCUGAAAUUAGCAGUUAUCUCUUUAGAGACACACCCAAAAGGUAUUUCUUCGUGGUUGAAGAAGACAAUACUCCAUUAUCAGUCACAGUGACUCCCUGUGAUGCACCUUUAGAGUGGAAGCUGAGUCUCCAAGAGCUGCCAGAGGAGGCAAGCGGGGAAGGCUCCGGUGACCCAGAGCCUCUGGAGCAGCAGAGGCAGCAGAUCAUUAAUGAGGAAGGCACAGAAUUAUUCUCCUACAAAGGCAACGAUGUGGAGUAUUUUAUAUCUUCUAGUUCUCCAUCUGGUUUAUAUCAGUUGGAGCUUCUUUCAACAGAGAAAGACACGCAUUUCAAAGUCUAUGCCACCACAACUCCAGAUUCUGAUCAGCCCUACCCCGAAUUACCUUACGACCCAAGGGUAGAUGUUACCUCCCUGGGACGCACUACGGUCACUCUGGCCUGGAAACCGAGCCCCACGGCCUCCUUGCUGAAACAACCCAUUCAGUACUGUGUGGUCAUCAACAAAGAGCACAAUUUCAAAAGCCUCUGUGCAGUAGAAGCCAAACUGAGCGCAGAUGAUGCUUUCAUGAUGGCUCCAAAACCCGGUCUGGACUUCAGCCCCUUUGACUUUGCCCAUUUUGGGUUUCCUUCAGAGAAUUCGGGUAAAGAACGCAGCUUCCUAGCAAAGCCUUCUCCAAAACUGGGGCGGCACGUCUACUCGAGGCCCAAGGUCGACAUUCAGAAAAUCUGCAUCGGAAACAAGAACAUCUUCACCGUCUCAGAUCUGAAACCCGACACCCAGUACUACUUCGAUGUCUUCGUGGCCAACAGCAACAGCAACAUGAGUACGGCGUACGUGGGCACCUUUGCCAGGACCAAGGAGGAAGCGAAACAGAAGACGGUUGAGCUAAAGGACGGGAAAGUUACGGAUGUGUUCGUCAAACGGAAGGGAGCGAAGUUUUUACGGUUUGCGCCAGUCUCUUCUCACCAAAAAGUCACUUUCUUUAUUCACUCCUGUCUGGAUGCUGUUCAAAUCCAAGUGAGGAGGGAUGGGAAACUUCUUCUGUCUCAGAAUGUGGAAGGUGUUCGGCAGUUUCAGCUUCGAGGAAAGCCCAAAGCGAAGUAUCUCAUCCGCCUGAAAGGACACAAGAAAGGAGCAUCGAUGCUGAAAAUACUGGCUACCACAAGGCCCAGCAAGCAGCCCUUUCCCUCUCUUCCUGAAGACACAAGAAUCAAAGGCUUCGACAAGCUCCGCACCUGCUCUUCCGCCACUGUGGCGUGGCUGGGCACUCAGGACAGGAACAAGUUCUGCAUCUACAAAAAGGAAGUGGACGACAGCUACAAUGAUGACCAGAAGAGAAGAGAGCAAAACCAAUGCCUAGGACCAGAUACAAGGAAGAAAUCGGAAAAAGUCCUCUGUAAAUAUUUCCACAGUCAGAACCUACAGAAAGCAGUGACCACGGAAACAAUUAAAGGGCUUCUGCCAGGAAAGUCUUACCUGCUGGAUGUGUAUGUCAUAGGGCAUGGGGGGCACUCGGUGAAGUACCAGAGCAAAGUCGUGAAAACCAGGAAGUUCUGUUAG